GGUCACCCUCGCACUGCUCCAUCGUACGGACAUGACCGGCAUAACCGGUAACACCGUCGACGUAAUAAAACCUCCAAUGAUUAUCUGAAGAUCACACAUUUCAACAUCAUAAGUCGUUAUUUCUCCCCGAGGUAAUCCACGCGCCACCGCCAUCACGGCUGAGAUAACUCAACGUUAAAAAGUUACCGGCGAGGAAACCGCUUCUCUUUUAUGGAGCAGCCAAACGGUGUAGAAGAGAAUGCGGCGAAGAAAGUAAUAGAGAUAGAGACAGAGCAAAAGAAUUCGGGUCAGGAAUCGGAUCGAGUUAUGAAACCGGAUCCGAGAUCCGACGUAGAGCAACUUCAACAGCUGGAUAAAACUCCUGUUAUCAAUGAGAGUAGCAAAUCGGAGAAUGGUUCGAUGAAGUCGAGGAAAUCGGUGAGCUGGAGCGAGGAAUUGGUGGCGGAAUCGCCGGCGCCGAGAUCUAUGCCGUCUGAUGACCGUGGUUUGAAUCCUUAUGUGGCUUAUACUCCUGCUCCUGAAAACAAUUCGUCUUCCUUCAAUGUGAAAGACACAAUGGAGAGCGUCAAAGGUGUGCUUGGUAGAUGGGGGAAGAAGGUUGGUGAAGCAACUAAGAAAGCUGAGGAUUUUGCUGGCAACACAUGGCAACACUUGAAAACGGGUCCUAGUCUUGCUGAUGCCGCCUUGGGAAGAAUUGCUCAGGGAACGAAGGUUCUGGCAGAAGGUGGCUAUGAUAAGAUAUUUCGGCAAACAUUUGAGACUGUUCCUGAGGAGCAACUUCAGAAUUCAUUUGCAUGUUACCUGUCCACAUCAGCUGGUCCAGUUAUGGGAGUAUUAUAUGUCUCCACAGCUAAGCUUGCCUUUUGUAGUGAUAACCCUCUCUCCUAUAAAGCCGAAGAUAAGACUGAGUGGAGCUAUUAUAAGGUAGUUAUCCCAUUACACCAGCUUAAGGCAAUUAAUUCUUCAUCAAGCAGGACUAAUCCAUCUGAAAAAUAUGUCCAGACUAUAUCAGUCGAUAACCAUGAAUUUUGGUUUAUGGGAUUUCUAAAUUACAGUGGUGCAGUGAAUUGCCUGCAGGAGGCAUUACAAGCACGCAACUUACAUUCUGUGUGAGUCUGUUAUUGGUCUUAAAAUGCGUUACCUGAGAGGACGUGAUUCAUCAUACAGAAAGUUGGACUUCCCUUAAGUUCCAUCUGGUCGCCAUUGAAGAUACUGAAGAAAAAUAUGGUAAAAGAAAGAACGGUAGUGAAUUUGGAUUUUAUGGUAUCAUUUGCUUCCGUCUCUAGUCUCUGUUGUAUUGUAUAACAUCCAUUGAUGAAAAAAAUAUUAUCGGUUUAACGAGCUUUAGAAUGUGAAGCACACUUAUAAUAGCACCUACACCUUUUGUUGUGUUACGUUAAAGGUUGCAUUUGCCUUUC